AUGAACGAGCUAUCCGUAAAUGACGCCUUUGACGACAUCGAAAUUGAGUCUUUUGAUUUUAUUUGGGAAGAAUGGGAAGAGUACAAGGGAGAUGUGCCCCUGUGGCAACAUAUAUUCUGUGGAAGUAUAGCAGGGCUGAUGGAGCACGUUUUUAUGUACCCCCUGGACACGAUUAAAACGUAUAUCCAAACGAAUGAUCGUCUGAAAUGUGGGAGGAGGGUUUACGACAGGUGCAGCAUGUACAGACAAAAUGGUAAUGGGAGUAAUUUCAACGACAUAAAGGCUCACAAAAGUGGCUUGCAUGUGGAUAAGAAGAACUUUGGCACGUCUAGAGGGUGUGAUGGAUGUAUUUAUAAGAAGACAUGUACAUAUGACAAUUUUUGUAACAUGAAGAUGAUGGCUGCGUUUAAUAAAAAAGGUGUUUUCCACGCUAGCACACUUGGUGAUACAUCCGGUGGAUUGAGAAAGAGUAAACAAAAUUUGAGACAACUUCUUUGCGGAGGUUUAAAUGUAGAACAGAGGGGAGUAAUGCCGCAGGUGGUGAAUAAAAAAAUUCAAUCGCGUAGAUACCAUAGUAGAGUAAUGGAUAAACACUUUGCUAUCGAUAAUGGAAGUGUCAAGCAGGGCAAAUGUGGUAAUGGUAGUUGUCAGUAUAACCAGUUGGUAAAAUUAAGGAAAUACCGAGCAUGCAAUUUGUUUGAUAAGCCUCCUGGGGCUGUAGGUGACAGCCUGGCGAUGGGUAAUUCCCAGAAUAUGAAAAUCCAUUCAUUAGCCAAAGGUUCUAUUAGGAUGGGAAGGAAUACCUUAAGCAGAGCUAGAAGUGGAGGAACUGUGCAAGCAAUGCAAGAAAUGAAAAACUCCCAAAGGUUUGGAAUUACUUGUGACACAUCUGGUAGUUCUACUACGAAAUGGCAAUAUAGAGGCCACACAAAUAAUCUCAUAUGUAACAAUAUUAAGGAGGGUGUUUCCCCCUCAUCAGUUAAUCACAAAGAAAUUAAUCACUUGGGCUCAAAAAAAAUCACAGGGAGAAUUAUUUUUAAGAAGGGCAUGAACGGUGUAUCCAUGUGUGGGAGAAAAAGUCAGUACCAUAAAUAUGCUAGAAAUGGCAUAACAGUGAAAAUUUGUAAUCCUGCAAAAAGGGAUUACAUUGAAAUGGAGCCACUUCUCCGCAAGGUGGGGGCAAAUCACGUAAUAAAAAAGAAUUUGGGGGGGAUGGAAAGGAUAAACAAUGUUUUACUAAAUGAUCUGUUUGGAAAAUAUACACAUAUAACGAGUAACAAAAGCAGUAACACACAUUUGAUGCGUGUUAAGAGGAACAAUCGUCUAUCUUUCAGGAGUUUAGAGGAUGGUAGAGUUCCCAGAGCGACUAAUGAUAAGGGAUAUGUGAUAAGUGAGUCUAACAAAUUGGGCAAGAAAACCAAUUUAUCCUUUAUUUUCUCGGAGAAUAAAUGCAUAAAUAGUGGCAAUACUGAUGGCGGCAACAGACUACAGUUAAGUAAAUAUUUGAAGCUCUUUCAAAAGACAAGUAAGAAUCCCCAAUAUGAUCAUUGCCUUCCCAGUGAGACAUUUAAAAGAAGUUAUAUGUUCCAAAAAAAUGAAUGGAAUUUGUUCACACUCAUUUUGGAAAAUAUAAAAAAGGGUCUUCUCCAAACCAAGUGGUACAAUACACCCAUAAGCGCAUCAGUGUUAUCUAAUGGGAAAGCUGUGAUAAUGAGGAGCGAUAGCUUCAAUUCUUACUACUCCUUAUUAAGAAACAAUAAUAACAUAUUUCGUAAUAACCUAUGUUAUGUAAGUAAGAGUUAUAUGUACAGAAACUUGUUUGACAGAAGUAUCCACUCUUCAUGUAAAAAUAAUUUUUACAAAAAUAGAAACUCCAAUUUCAGCUACUCCAGAUUUAGCAGAAAUGGAAAAAGGUUCAACUUUAUGAGGAAUCUAUUUCCAAAUAUGUCUUACGGAGUGAACAUAGCGAAGCAAAACUGUAGUUUGAUAAGAAGCAAUGUUUCCAAUCUGUACAGGGGGGUUAAUGUGGUUGUGUUAGGAUGCAUUCCUGCGCAUGCCAUGUAUUUCUCCACAUUUGAAUAUAGUAAGAAGUACUUCUCCAAUGUGUGCUCUAAGAAUAUGCCCAUGCAAGUGCGGGGGAGUGGAGGUGGUAGCCGCCUGGAGGGAGGGGGGAAUCACCAUCUUGAUAUGAAGAAAACCGAGGGAGGGAACUACAAAUUGGGAGAUCUAAACUAUUUUGGUAUAGCCAUCUCAGGGUUUUUAGCAACCAUUGCACACGACUUAAUUAUCACACCCAUAGAUACACUAAAGCAGAGGUUGCAGUUAGGAAUAAACAAAAACUCCCUGGAUUCGAUAAAGUUCCUAAGGGAGCAUGGGAUCAGGAGUUUAUAUUUGAGUUUGCCAAUAACUCUGCUCAUGAAUAUUCCCUACCAAAUUAUUAUGAUAUGUACAAAUGAAAAAAUGAAGAAAGUGUAUUUUGAAUAUUUUUGCGGAAUGAGUGGGUUGGGUAGGAAUAACAGCCAAGGUGCAUGCACCACUGGCGGGAGCAGCGAUAGGAGUUGUUCUGUAGCAGGAGGGGGACAUACCAACGGCGAAGCAAAGGAAGAGAGCAAAAAUACGCCUACCAGCGGUGGUGCGAAACGGGAUGAAGCCGGUCAUUCUUCGGAAAAGUUACAUACCAGCAUGGAAGGACUUAGCGGAAAUAGUGACGAAUUGAUCAAGUCGUUCAUUGAGCAAGACACAGAUUCGGUGAAUUAUAUGAGUACAAAUUCUGGGCAAAAAUACGCAUCAAAUGAUAGGGAAAAUACUUUAUUGACGAACCAAAUAAAAUUCGAUGGGGAACAGAUGAAGGAGGAAACUUUAUUUAAAAAUGUAAUUAACAAAUUAGAGAACAAUUGUAUUAAUGAUCUUUCAGAAAGAUAUGACCAUAAGAUAGGUGACUCGUUUAACUUUACGGGGGCAAAAUGCGAUAAUGUGGAGUUAAAGAAUAUGUGGCUAGGGAAUUACAACAAUGAUGAUAAUAAUAGUAACAGGAGGAAGGAGUUUUUUAAUAAACCGUUUAAUCAUAUUACAUCUUAUUUUGUUUGUGCGGGAAUUGGUGGAGGAAUAGCCGCGGUGGUGACAAAUCCACUGGAUGUUGUUAAGACGAGGAUUCAGACAGAAUGCCUUAACGCAAAAGGUUUCAAUUUUUAUCGAGUUGUAUCCAACUUGUAUCAUAAGGAGGGUUUUCGUUCCUUUUUCAAGGGAUCCAUGGCCAGAAUGGCCCUUUGUAUUCCUGCUUCGGCUAUAUCAUGGGGAACAUACGAAACGAUGAAGAGGUUUUUCAAGGUUAACCUUAAUUCGGCGUAG